AUGGGUAGAGCUGCACGUGCAGUCUGCGUUUCCGUGCCGUUACUGGCAACCGCCGCCACAGCCGUCUUGAUCGUAAUCUCCACCUUCAUCGGCCAAACAAACGUCAACAACAAUUGGCUCAAUUCCCUCUACUUCCUCCGUCUCGACACCCGUUACAUCAAUGCCCCUCAAGAACUCGCCGACAUCCCCGGCACAAAUCUCGAUAACUUCGUCCUAGACAAAAUCGGCGUCGACCUAUCCAUCCAAAACACCGCCAACCUCGUCGGUGUCGCUGAUUUCUACCAAGCCGGUCUCUUCAGCUACUGCUCUGGAACAUUCGACAAUGCCACCAACGAAUGGAACGUCAAAAACUGUUCUUCCCCAUCUAGUUCCUUCUACUUCAACAUCAUCGAUAUCAUCAACGCCGAAGCGAAUAACGGCAAAAACCUAACUUUCCCAAACCAAGUCAACGACUACUUCAAAGCCGUCAGAGCUCUAACCCGUGCCCAAUACAUUUGUUUCAUCGUCGGAAUCGGUGCCACGGGUCUAGAAUUCAUCUUGGGUUUCUUCGGUUUCCUAUCCCGUUGGGGUUCCUGCGUCACCACUUUUGCCGCAGUAUUCGCUUUCUGGACUUUACUCGCCGGUUCGGUCAUCAACAUCGCUUUAUACGUUUCAUUGUCAAAGACUUUCGAUGCUACUUUUAAUACCUUCGGCGUUAGGGGUUCUAUAAACAGACAGGUUUAUACUUUGAUGUUUAUCGGUGUUGCUGUUUCUUUCGGUGCCAUGUUGUUCUGGACUUUGACUACUUGCUGCUGCAGUGGGAGAAGGGAUAGAAUUAUCAAGGGCGAGAAGGCUAGUAGGAGUGGAAGUCCCGUUAAGGGAUACGAAAGAGUUGCUUCGCCUUACUUGGGAGGUGGUGGACCGGCUCCUCCACCGCCGCAUCAGCAGUACGGACAGGCUUAUGGGAAGAGCGAAGGUCCUUAUGAGCCUAUGAGACAUACUCAGGUUUAA